GAGAAAACAACUUGGGCGUAUUUAUCAGAGUAAACUUUAAAGUAGUCAGGCUGCAGUGAUAAGAUGUUUCUGGUAUUAUCGACCUUCGGUACGUCAACAUAAAACAUAUUUGAGGCACAGCUACAGCAAUGAGGCUCUCCCAAAUCGAUCAUAACGAUCGCGUUAAUUUCUAACUAGUAUGAUAGGUUUGCGUGAUAACGGUUCUAUCAGUGUGACGACUGCAUUAAUUGUUGACUCUUAAAUUCAUUCCGAUUGAAAUCAUUCAGCGAGCAAGUUGUCAUUGAAAAGGAUAUCAUGUUAUAUAUACCUCCGACAGUUUAACAUCAGGAAAGUAUUGUAGAGAGAUCAGAACCAUGAAGUUUGAUGAUAUUUUGAAAGAGAUUGGGGAGUUUGGAAAAUACCAGAGAUGGGUUUAUGCGAUGGUAUGCAUCAUAGCACUGCCUGUAGCCGCCCAUCAGAUGGCCCAGGUCUUCCUAGCCGGUGCAUCAGACCACUGGUGUGAUGUGGCAGCUUGGAGCGAUGAGGAUUGCGAAAAAUGGAGUUACACUGAAGAGCAGUGCAUCGAAGCAAAGCGAAACGCCAGCUCACCCGUCAAUGGAACAGAAGACGAGCUCCAGUGUACGAAGUAUUCCAUCGUCGACAAACUCGUCUUCAAUCCGGGUCUCGAUCCCGUGAACUACAACGAUACAGAGACCAUCGAAUGCAACAACGGAUGGGUCUACGAUAGAAGCCAGUAUAAAUCGUCACUCAUACAAGAAUUUGACCUGGUAUGCGAUGAUGGAAAUUUGGACAGCGUGGCUCAGUCAUUAUUCUUCGUCGGUGUCCUUAUUGGUUCUUUGCUCUUUGGAGCCCUCGCCGACAUGUUUGGUCGCCGUAUUACUCUAUUUGUGGCACUAUUCAUACAGAUAGCGGUCGGUGUUGGGAUUGCUUUUUCUCCUAGUUUUUGGUGGUUUGCAAGUUUACGUAUUGUCUUAGCUUGUGCAAACAUGGGGGUCUUUCUUCUUUGCUUUAUUAUCGGCACGGAGAUGGUUGGGCCUAACAAACGAACGGUAGCAGGGAUGUCUAUACAGAUAGCAUUCUCUUUCGGUUACAUGUUCUUUGCUCUAAUUGCCUACUUUAUACGGGACUGGAUGAUCCUCCAGCUCGUUAUCUCUCUACCAGCUGUUUUAUUCUUCGUCUUCUUCCCAUUUAUACCGGAGUCUCCGCGUUGGUUGAUUUGUAAAGGGCGAACCGAGGAGGCAACAAAAAUUAUCAAGAAAGCUGCAGAUACCAACAAAAAAGAUCUCCCGGAUCCUAUUUUCACAUCAGAAGAAAUUAAAGAACAGCAAGAUGCACUGACAGCUAAACAAGCCACGUUUUUAGAUCUCUUCAAAACACCUAACCUCCGAAUCCGUACUCUCAACUGUAUGUUUAAUUGGUUCGUGAAUACCAUGGUAUAUUAUGGCUUAUCACUGGAUACCUCCGACCUGGGUGCUAAUGAUUAUAUCGCAUUCUUUAUAUCUGGUGCUGUCGAGGUACCUGCGGUCAUAACCGGUAUCUUUGCUAUCGAUUACUUCGGUCGAGCCAAGAGUACCUGCGGUUAUAUGGUCUUUGGGGGCGUGGCCUGUUUAUGUACCACAUUUACACCUUUGGGUGCCUGGCGGACUACGGUUGCUAUGUUAGGCAAGUUUGGUAUCACAGCAUCAUUUGCAAUUAUCUAUAUAUUUUCAGCGGAGCUCUUCCCUACCCCAGUCAGGAGUGUUGGUGUAGGAAUCUGUUCCAUGUCUGCGCGUAUAGCGGGGAUAUUAGCACCCUACGUAUUGCUCCUGGAUGAGGUCUGGGAACCCCUCCCGGUCAUCAUCUUCGGGGUUCUGUCUAUCAUCGCCGGAGUUCUCAUCCUCUUCGUUCCCGAGACGUUAGGAGCACGGCUUCCCCAAACCAUUGAAGAGGGAGAGCUCUUCGGAACAAAGAAGGGGAGGGAACUCCAAGAGAAGAAGAGCGAAGACUACACUCUCCAAACGAUUUCUUCAUCAUUGGACGAGAAACCAAAGGAAGAAAACGGACAAGUCAACCAAGCUUUCGAGAACAACAUCUAGAAUCUAUAUUCUAUCAUCUAUAUUGUUCUCACUCCUUUCCUCUCGACCUUCAGUUAAGGAUUCGAUAUUAGCAACAAACACACUCUGAAUAUCUUAAAUUGUCAUGGAGAACAAAUCCGUUUUCUUUUUCAAAAAUUACCACAACUCUUUGAUUCUUUAUUGAUUGAAAUAAAUUCUGAUAACAAUUUUGGAUUGUCCCCCUAAUCGUAACUUUUAAAAGUAAUUUCUAAACGUAGAAGGUGAUGUAUCCUCAUCUAUCUUGAGAGCGAAGUUGGUUCAGUCCUACGUAAGGCGUCUGCCUGUCGAACCAAAGGUUGUGGAUUCAAGUCCAUCCCGGGCGGAUGGCUGAAGCCCGUGUUCUCUCCCCUGUUCCAUAGACACAUGCUAUGUUACAGUGGAAACACUCCGUCCCUCGGAUAUGACGUUAAAUGGAGGCCCCGUGUAGAGGAGAGUCACCACGUUAAGAACCAACUGCACUAUUCGUAUAAGAGUACGGGGAAACCCCGGUGUAGAGGUCCAACUGCACUCCCCCCAAUGAGUUAUAUCGGGAGAGACCUGCGAGGGCCUGCGGGUUACUCUUCGCCUGCGAGGCACAGGUGACGCCAAGCGAAUAACAAUAAUAAUAAUCUAUCCAAAAAAAUAUAUAAAGACAAUAGUACUCAUUUCUUUUACCAGAUCAAACCUGCGCAGUGCGCACAUAUCUGACUUGUCUUUCUAUGAUACCUCGGUGUAUAUUUUAUACAUUUUGUUUUCUUGUUUUAUUCUAUUAUAUGAUUGCCAUUAUCAUAUUAUCUCUUAUGUGUUUGUUUUAUUUUUACUUUCAUGGUAUGCAGCGAUCGAAAGCCCUUUUCAACAAGACCGCUCCUUAACAUGAUUAUCAGACGCCCAUAUGCAGCACAAUUUCGUCUCUAAACAUAGUACUGUCCAUCAUAAUCAUAUUUAUCUGAAAGCGAAAUUAGGUCUGGUAUGACGGAAGGCAAAAUGUAGACAGAAGUAAGUCAAAAUUUUGCCCGUAUAGUGACACAAUUUGAGCCAAAAUGUGUCUCUAUAUAUACUGACAAAUUGGCUUUUACGCGAGUUACUCACUUUUUUAUAUUGUUUUGUGUAUACUUUUGAAAUAAACUUAAAUCCAUAAUCAACAUGUAAAAGAUGAACAAUGGAAACGGAGAAUAUAAUAAAGGAGAAACUAUGCAUUGGGGAAUAGAUGGGUCGGGUGUAUAUAUAUAUAAAUUGAAUUGAAUUGAAUAUCUUUAUUGUCCAUAAAGGAAAUACUUUUUUCACUGGUUUACACACAUGUAGAUACAAUGUAUAUACACAGAACAAAACAAAAGAUGAUGAAAACAUGUCAACAAAUUGGUCCUACCCCUAUUUUCUUAUUUGAAAACUAAAUCAUUGUCUCCGCUGGAUCGACGGUCUUGCGCCCAUCAGAUUAUCAAGAUCCACGCCCCUGCCAAUUUAUUCAUCUGCUUUUUAAAGGACAAGUCUACCCAAACAAAAAUUUGACUUGAAUAAAAAAAAAAGAGAGAGAGAAUUAAUCCAACAAGCAUAACACUGAAAAUUUCAUCAAAAUCGGAUGGAAAAAUAAGAAAGUUAUGACAUUUUAAUAAAGUUUUGCUUAAUUUUACAAAACAAUUAUGCAUGUCCUGGUCUGCAUGCAAUGAGGGGAUCGACUGAUGACGUCACUCACUAUUUCUUUUGAAUUUUUAUUAUAUUAAUAUGGAAUAUUUAAGUUUUCUCCUCAUUGUCCUGUAAAACAAUUGCAAAAAAAAAAGAAAUAGUGAGUGAGGGACAUCAUCGUCUGUCUCGUUUGCAUGUCACUGAGAUGUGCGUAUAAGUGUUUUGAUAAUAUCAUUAGCCAAACAUUGAAGUGUCAUGAUAACUUUCUUAUUUUACAUCCGAUUUUGAUGAAAUUUACAGCAUUAUACUUAUAUGAUUUUUCUCUUGUGAUUCAAAUCAACAUUUUUUCCGGGAUGGACUUGACCUUUAAUAAUAAGUACUUCCUUGGAUUUACAAUAUAUUCUUCUUGUGUCCCUUUAACUUUCACUCAAAUAUGAUUUAUAUAGCUCAAUAUUAUCUCAGUAUAUAUAUAUUUCACAACAUUUUAAUAAAUAGAGUUGCCAAAGCUGUUGCACAUGCAUAAUUUCUCACGCUGGCAUAAUAAUUUGUUUCAUUUUGUUUGAAGAAACGUCCCAGAUCAGACGUGAAACUGUUCUCUCCAUUUCAAUCUGUAAGUCCAGAUGAUCAGAUUUAUCUCUAAUCGAAGUUUGUCUUUCCUUCCUGGAUGAAUCAAAGUAUAAAUCAGUCCACUGGCGGAUCCAGGGGGGGGGGGGGGGCACAGCCGGCCCGUGCCCCCCCCCCUUGAGAGGCACAAUUAAAAUUUGUAAUGUAAAAAUACCGUUAAAUCAAAAGUGUGCCCACCCCCCCCCCCCCCCUUCGAAAGUGAAGACCUUUUUUUUUGCUUGUCAAAUUUUUCCCGGGAAAAUGUGCCCCCCUUUUGACAAAUCCUGGAUCCGCCCCUGAAUCAGUCUAUACUUGUACUGUAUUGAAAAAUUUGCUUUGAUCCAGCUGAGACAUGGCGGCUUGUCAUUGAUAAAAGAAACCUUAUCUACACCAGACAAAUGAAAUAAUAGGUGAGGUUGAUUAUAACUAUUUGUCUGAAUGUCAACCAGAUCGGUUUUGCCCUGGCCAUGUAGUAACCCGUCUCUGUGGUCUCGUGGUUGAGGCACCGCGCGCCGUUCUAAGCUGGUGGCCCGGGUUCGAUUCCCAGAAGAGACAAGUUUUCAAAAGGGAGAAUAUAUAGCUCUGGGUAUAUGUAAAUGUAUGUAUAUAUGUCAUUCCAUCCGUUUAGUGUUCUCACUUGUUUGUAAAUAAGGUAAAUCAGUAAAUCAUAUAAUAUAAAGCAUGCGGGAUUCCAGUCAAACCAAAUGAAAUUGAACAAUCUAACACUUGGCACUUUGCCAUUGCAAGCGGGGAAAGACUUUGAGGAAAGGGUCAGAUUACAUGUUAUACUUGUUAUAAUGACCGUUAUCAAAACACACUUUGAAAACGGAAAAUACAAUUGAAAUCGCAAAAUUAUUCAGGAAAAUCUAUAUGUACGAAUCUAACAUGUUUUAGUCUCAUAAUACAAUUCAUGACUAUAUCCGUGACUGAGUACUCCUGCAACGUAUUUGAUAUCUUAAACAGAAUUAUCUAUUUUUUAAUGUUGAUGUGAAAGAGAAAUGUUGAUAUAUAUUUAUAUUGUACAUUGCACGAGAAAUCAAACAAGACAACCUAUACUAUUAAAGCAUGGUAAGCGCACAAAAGCAAGAGUUUGUUAGUUAAGCGCACAAAAACAAGAAAUGUAGGCCUGCCGCCCUUUUAAAGCAUUUUAAAAAAUAGAGAAAUUAUAGGUAUGGCCUCAAAUGUGGGAAUGGUGAUGUGUUGAUUGAAGAAAAAAGAAGAAGAGGGUAAAGACGAGGAAGAAGAAGAAGGAGGAGGAAGAAGAAGACGGAAAAAUUGAGAAGGAGAAGGAAAGAAUUAAGGAAGGAGGAAGAAAAUAAGGGGGUGGAGGAGAAAGGUGUGCAUAUCAUAUAUUUUGUGAAAAUAAGCACAUUUCGAGAAAAAAAAUCAUAACUUUAUUUUACAUUCAAAUUCAAUUAAAAUUCCAUAGGAAUGUCUGUUUUUUCUACAGUUUAUCAACUAAUCUUGAAGUCCUUUUUUAUGGACUUUGCUUUUAAAUCAAUCGAUAUAUCAUACUCGAGCUAUAUACGAAACAUACUUCACAUAAUAUAAUAAAAAUAUUCCUUUAAAUUGCCCUCUGUUACUUUCUCUGAUCUGCUGCCUCUACAUGUAUACAGUUCAUUACUUUAUGCAUAAAAUUGAAGAAAGAUAUUCUAUUGAUUAUCAUUUAUUGAAAGGCUGAUAAAUGUUCUAAAAAGAAUAGAGUCAGUCCAUGUAUAUUCUAAACGUUUUGAUCUCAUUUCGCUGCGAAGGUUUUUGCAUGGUGUUAACAAAUUAUAUUUUAUUUUUAUCUGUAUUCUUUCUUCUCAUUUAUACCAAGUUCAUUGAAUAAAUAUAUGCUACUAAAAAUAAUUCAUGGUUGAUUCUAUCAAGUAUGUGUAAAAUGUGAAAUAUUCUUCAUAAACUCAUUGGAUUUGAUAAUGA